AUGCCGAAUUCUUCCCUUCCCUUCAAUCCCACCGUCCCCACUCCACUUCACCCGGGAUUUGCUUCCGCAGCUCCUCCAGCAAAUCUACAGAUGCCAUGGGCAUAUAGUCCUUAUGGUAUUCAUCCGGUACCCCAAUUCUAUCCAUCGUCCCAGCCAGAAACCCCAAAUUUGAACAGUACUGUCUCCCUUCCACCAACCCGCCACCCAAAUGCCCUGAAUUUUGAUGAAGACGAAGACGAAGACGAAUAUUCCGAAUUUGAACGCAUCAAAGAUGCAAUAGACCCUGUUCUUCGUGCCAGACCCAAUGCUACAAGGGCAAACAGCACUGG